AUGAAAACCGCUUUCGUCUUGUCUAUCGUGGCCGUGGCCACGGCUGCCCAGGAUAAAAUAUGGCCCAGCGUGCUUCGAUCGAUCCAACAAACGUCCACCGAGUCCCCCAACAUCACCGCCAAGCCCGCUGACACCCCUACGACGACUGCCGAAACCAUAAAUCCUUGCCCUCCCAACAUCACCCCCAAGCCUACCACCACUGCGGCUGCACCUAUCACCACCUCAGCUGCCCCUACCAUCACCAAGGCUGCCCCUAGCGCGUGUGACAAGCCUGUAGAUGGCGUGGAUUACGACGGCAACGACAUCACGUCCACCCAACGUUCCUACAGCGAUGAUUGCUGCAACGACUGUGCCAAGACCCCUGACUGCGUAUUGUACGUAUGGACCAAUUGGAACAGCGGCACGUGCUUCUUGAAGUCGAAGGCUGGCAAGUCUAUUCUUAAGUGGGGCGCAAAGGCUGGCAAGGUUACUAAGCCUGCCAAGGUCUUCAAGCCUGCUGGUUCUUGCAAAGCUGCCCAAGACAACGUGGACUACAACGGUAACGACAUCGCCCGUAUCUCUGCCGACAAGGAGGACUGCUGGCAGCAGUCCUCGGGGUUUCGGGGUUUCGGGGUUUCCCGAAACCCCGAAGGCUGAGAACUGCGUGGGUUACUCGCACUACGAAGGUCAUUGCUACCUUAAGGGCAAACUCGGCUACGCUUCCAAGAAGGAAGGCGUGACUUCGGGUGUC